AAAAAUUCACGGACGCUAACGUACUCUAUAAGGAUUCCGGAAAAUGAUUUUACGCUCGACCCCACACGCUGACGAACAGUUCUUAUUCGGUUUAGAUAAUUCAGUCGGUGCUUAAGUAGUAGCAGAGCCAGAGAAAGUGAGUUCUGAUUCGGGUCACCUAAGGAAAGAAUCAUGGACCCGAAGCUGAUCCUUACGGUCUGUUUAUUCUCAAUCUCGGCAACUGCGAUAGCCGACUACGUUAGACCUCAGCCUCGCAAAACCCUGGGUUUCUCGUGGAACCCAAAGCCCCCGAAUUAUCCCCAGCAGGUUCACAUCUCUUUGGCUGGAGACAAGCACAUGCGAGUGACAUGGGUCACUGGUGAUAAAUCUUCUCCUUCAAUUGUUGAGUAUGGCACAUCACCUGGGAGUUACAGUUCUAUAGCCAAUGGAGAAAGCACAUCUUAUACUUAUCUAUUCUAUAGUUCAGGGAAGAUACACCACACGGUCAUCGGGCCUCUGGAACAUAACACAACCUACUUUUACCGAUGUGGAGGACAAGGACCUGACUUUCAGUUAAAGACCCCUCCAGCUCAAUUUCCGGUUACUUUUGCUGUGGCAGGAGAUCUGGGUCAAACUGGCUGGACCAAAACAACUCUAGAUCACAUUGACCAGUGCAAAUAUGAUUUGCAUCUACUUCCUGGGGACCUCUCAUAUGCUGAUUAUCUGCAACACCGAUGGGACACCUUUGGUGAGCUGGUGCAGCCCCUUGCAAGUGCAAGGCCAUGGAUGGUUACAGAAGGGAACCAUGAAGAGGAGAACAUACCAUUGCUGAAGGAUGGGUUUGAAUCGUAUAAUUCGAGAUGGAAGAUGCCUUUUGAGGAGAGUGGAUCGAGUUCAAAUCUUUAUUAUUCAUUUGAAGUUGCAGGUGUUCAUGUUAUCAUGCUCGGUUCAUAUGAAGAUUAUGAUGAGCAGUCAGACCAGUACAGGUGGCUGAAGGUUGAUCUCUCGAAAGUGGACCGGAAAAAGACACCUUGGCUGAUCGUGCUAUUUCAUGUUCCUUGGUAUAACAGUAACAAGGCUCAUCAAGGUGAAGGUGACGAUAUGAUGGUGGCCAUGGAACCCUUGCUUUAUGCUGCCAAUGUGGAUAUGGUACUUGCUGGCCAUGUUCAUGCUUAUGAACGCACGAAACGUGUCAAAACUGGAAGAUUUGAUCCUUGUGGCACUGUACACAUAACCAUUGGUGAUGGAGGAAAUAGAGAAGGUUUAGCUCACCGGUAUGUAGACCCACAGCCUGAGUGGUCAGUCUUUCGAGAAGCAAGUUUUGGUCAUGGUGAGUUGAAGAUCAUGAAUUCAACUCAUGCUUUCUGGAGCUGGCAUCGGAAUGAUGACGACGAACCUGUAAGGUCUGAUCAGGUCUGGAUAACGUCACUCAUCAGUUCAGGUUGCGUUGCUGAGAAGAAAAACGAACUAAGGAAAAUACUUAUGGCACCUUAGAAGUUUGUUAUGCUCUCUAGUGCUUGCUCACUAUAUAGGAACGGGGUUUCUCUUUGCAAAGGAGCCCUUAUAAAUAUUGGAUUUUACAGUCCAAGAAUUAUGCAAGUCCAUUAUCUGGCUGGCUGCUUUAAUCGGUGGAAUACAUUCACUGAUUUCAAGCAGCCGCUAGUCAUGUAUGUAUUUUACCAAGAAUUCACUAUGUUGUUAGUAGAUUUACCAUAAAUUCUAGCCUUGUAUGAUGUGAAUUUCAAGUUUUUCGUUUUAUGGUACCACUGGUGUUUGUUA